AUGAUUCAAUGGCAACAGUACAAGGUUUUACAGCUGAAUGCUCUGUGGCACAUGGAUGGUCACCAUAAGCUGAUUUGUUGGGGUAUCAUAAUCCAUGGUAUCAUUGAUGGGUAUUGUCGCACAAUGGUCACCAUUCAUCCUAGCACAAGCAAUAGUGCAUUCACAGUGCUUGAGGUGUUUUUGAAUGCAGUCACUCUCUAUGCUGAAUGGAAUGUACACCCUAUCUCUGGAGAAGGACAUGAUCAAAGCCCAAAUGAUAUGAGGCUUAUGGGCCAGCUCAAGCAUGGACUAUAUGCUGACAAUUGUGAAGGAGUCCAUCCUGAUAUCAUCAGACAAUACUAUGGAACUGCAGGAAGGCCUAUUCAUUGUGCACCCCAUCAAACUGGAGCAGGUCAUCCCUCAGAUGAGGUAUACUCAGCUUCUAGAUCUACUGAUGGAGAAUCAGACAAUGAAGAAUCAGAAGAGGAAUGGGAAGAUAUUAAUGAUGCAGAGGACAUUGGUACAGAAGAUCUACAAGAGCUUCCCCAGCUUAUCGCUGCAGAUCACAAUGCCCAUUUUUACCAUAAGCCUGUCUGUGUCCCAAAACAUGCCAGUCCUUUUCGCUCUGCUACUCUUUACAACACCUUUUGUCAAGCCCUUGAUCAAGUACAAGAGGCAGAGCAUAUCCCAGAUGGAUUUGGUAUUCUUCCACAUGAAUGGGAUGAUGACGAGUAUCCUUUGCAUGAAAUAAUUCAAUCAGGAUGA